AUGUUCUCACGCCAGUCACCAUCGCCGGACAGAGCUCCCAAACCCAACAAGGAACUCAUCAAAAUCAAGCCCCCUCCCGGCAUCCCCGGCCCAGUGGUCGUCUUCAUCGCCCGCGCCGACAACCCCAACGACCACGGCUACCCCAACGCAAAGCUAACCUCAGCCCAGAUGCAUGAACAUCUGCGCGCCCUCCUAGUCAUCACCGCCGCCGAGCACCGCGAACGCUUCGGCGUCCUAGGCACCAGACCCCCCAAGAUGCAAACCAUCGUCCAGCCCGCCAACAAGUGCAUCGCACCACUCAGCAGCGUCGUCCGAAACUUGGCGGCCGCGCUGGAGGAAGCGCGCCAGAACCAAAUCCGGUGCAUCUUCGUGCUUCGGGGGUGGGAUGCGUUGACAACGGAGACAACCACCAUCGCCCAGCUGUGCGAUGAUUUCCAGGAUGUGUGCUUCUUCUUGCAUGUUUAUGCACAUCGGGGGAACCCGCUCGACUUCUAUCAGGUCAACGCGCAUAUGGUGAAUGCGUACUUGAAGGGUGUGGUUUCCUUGACUGAUGAGGUCGUUGUGAGAGACCAUUCGACUGCGCUGUUCAUCAGGAUAUUGGAGGCGUUGCCGGCUUUGCGGCCUGGUUUUGGUCCUUCAGUUUCCGGGCAGGAGAAGGCCGCGCUUAGCCGGUAUGAUAAUCGGUUCGGUGUCCGAGGAGGACAAUUGAAAUAA